AUGUUAAAUAAUAAUGUUAAUUCAAAUAAAGAUGAUAGUUUAAAUGAAGAUAACAAUAAUUUUGCUGAAGAUGAUAGAGAUACUGCAGAAAAAGCUGGAUAUAGAAAUAUACUUGCCAAAACAGAUUAA